AUGGCACCGAGCACGGUCGACGUCCUCCGACGACUCGAUGGUGCCAAGGUCACGUCGCUCAGCGUGUGCGGCGGGCAAGAGCAUUCCCCGAUGGCUUUGGCGACGUUCUGGCCGGCUCUCGAGCCUUUGGCGCUGACGCAACCGCUUCCGUCCAACAUGAGCACUGCCACUGGCUUGGGACCACACGCACCUCUGACGUUUUGCCGCAGCUUCUGCAGCGCGGCCUACUGCGACGCGUACCCGGUCAUCGAGACCGGCGCCGAAUCGGCGGCCAACGCCCUCAAGUCCCGCACCACGCUCGCCGUCUCCACCAAGCCCCUGCAUGUGCAUCAGCGAUAA